UGACCCCUCACCUUGUCAAAAUGCUUAUCUUGAUGUAUUUGCCAUUCCUGUGCCAAGCCUACUUUUUGUGUCGCUCUCAGCCAUCACAUGAGCAGCUAAUGUUUCUUUAGUUUGAACAUUUGGCGGCUCUUGAAUAGUGUAUCUUGAGUCCUUCAGGGUGAGGUAUCGCCAUGAAUGCAACGGCGCUGGAGUGGCUACUUGACCAGGUUUGGUUCGUAGUCCCAAUUACCGCAAUCCUCUAUUACCUCGCCACGAUAUUGACCACUUGGUACCGCCUGCGUCAUAUCCCUGGCCCACGUCUUGCUUCCUUUUCGUAUAUAUGGCUGGCACGCACUGCGAUGAGCGGCAAGCAAUGGUGGGUGUACCGAGACAUGUGCGAGAAGUAUGGACCACUCAUCCGUGUUGGUCCCAACGAGCUCUCGACGGAUGAUCCCGAAGUACUUCGUCGCAUCAAUGCUGCACGCAGCUCAUAUGGCCGUGAUGCAUGGUACAUUGCUGCGCGCUUUGAUCCAUACCACGACAACGUCUUUACCAUGCUACAAGCAGAUACCCACGACCGCUUCAAGGCGAAGAUUGCAGGAGCAUAUGCCGGCAAGGGCAUUCCCGCCCUCGAGGAAGGAAUUGACGAUCAGAUCCGCACGCUUGUUGGCCUGCUUCAUCGGACAUAUCUAACGAAGCCGGUGGAUCUGGCCGAGAUAACCAGUUUCUUCAGUAUGGAUGUUAUUACGCGUUCGGCAUUUGGCCAAGAGUUUGGAUAUCUGAAGACCGACUCGGAUGUAUAUGGUUUCCUGGGUGGUGUAAGGGACAAUUGGGCUGCGCUGGCCGUCGCGCUAGACAUUCCCUACAUCCGGAAGUUGUUGUUCUCGUCGUGGUUCUUGAAGUACUUCGGUCCCAAGGCGACGGAUCUCACGGGCCUAGGCAAGCUCAUGGGUGUAGCCGAAGAAGUUGUGUCCAAACGAUUUGCACCAGAUGCAGAACAGGAGAGAGACAUGCUUGGAUCGUUUAUCGACCAUGGGUUGACUAGGCAAGAAUGCAUGACCGAGGCCCUGUUCAUGAUCAUUGCGGGAUUCGAAAACACAAGUUGUGUGAUUCGUACGACCAUGCUUUACCUUAUGACCUCUCCGCGUGUCAUGCACAAGUUGAAAGCAGCCAUCGCUGAAGUAACACAAGCUGGCAAAGCAUCAUAUCCAAUAACCUACGAACAGACAAGGGCGAUUCCGUAUUUGCAGGCUGUAGUAUAUGAGGGAAUCCGUAUGAGGCCGCCGGCACCAGGUCUGUAUCCAAAGUCUGUACCUCCUGAGGGCGAUGUCAUACACGGCAAGUUCAUCCCCGGGGGCACAGCUAUAGGGAUGAAUACAGGAUCGUUGGUGCGGUCGAAGAGAUUGUUUGGCGAUGACGCGGAUUUCUUUCGUCCGGAGCGGUUCAUGGAAGUCGAUGAAAUAAAGCGAGCAGAGAUGGAGCGUAACACCGAAAUGGUAUUUGGGUACGGUCGGUGGAUGUGCGCCGGAAAAGUGGUGGCCUUCAUGGAGAUCUACAAGGUGCUGUUCGAGAUGGUCAGAGAGUUUGAUUUUCAGCUGGUCGAUCCAAUGAAGCCUUGGGACUCGACCAGUUAUAGUCAGUUCAUCGACGAGAACAUGUGGGUGCGGUUAAGUGUGUCGUCAAUUGUAAAGGGAUGAGUUUGACGCGAAACUCCUGAUAGUCCAGGGUUCGUAGUGGA